AUGUCUGCCUUUAUGACAAUAGCCAUCUCAUCAGCCAGUCGGAGCCUUCUAGGUCAAACCCUAGGAAAGGUAAAGCUGUUGAAAGCUGCUACGCUCACCACAUCAGACCAAAAAACCGUCAACUGCAUACUGAUUACUCUCACCGACUAUGGUGUCCUUUACAGCUAUCCAGACAACGUGCCAGCUGCAUUAUUCCAGAGCUUCUACACCGACCUCUGUCAAUGUAUCCCACAACUCGAACUAGUCGGCCUUCCAAGCUCCACAUCCGUCGGACCCACAACUACUGGACUCGUCAGUGGAGGUUACACGAUCCGCAGAAAUCCAGCGCUUUCAACGGACGAUUCUAGCACUAUCGUCAACUGUGUCUUGACUACACUUGUCGAAAAUGAAUCAUUACUGGGCCAACAAAACUUCGUCCCCACAGCGCUGGUCAGAAACUUUGUACAAAGCGUAGCAAGCUGUUUGCCUGGCGUUGAAAUAGUCACGACCGGUACAAGUCAAACGUCGUCUACAGGCAGUUCUUCUUCUGUGACAUUACCCAGCGGCAGCAGUACAAUCUCAGCAACAUCGAGCGUGAGCCCCGACUCCCGACACUGCACGGAUAAGAUUCUUACCGACCCCAACGUGCCGACCUAUAUGGAGAAAUGCGAGUACGCAGGCUGUGUUGCUGCGCGCGACAAGGGUGUCCAACAAUGGCGCGACUAUGAGAAACAGGGCAAACCAGGCGGUGGGGUGUUCGUACUUCGCCUGGCCAACAGCUGGAACGGGCCAGCUGACUUUUAUUGCGACGUCGAUUCCACUAAAUGUCCCGGCGAAAAUUGUGAGGAUGUUGCUAACCCUGGCGCAUGGCUGGUGCAGAGGGAGAUCAGUGCAUUCACCGCCUAUCAUACGCAGAUCUACGACUUUCUUUUCUCGACCGCUUUCCUGACUGAUACGCAGCUUUCGCUCUUUAGCAAGGCGAUUGCUACGGUUCCGAUUGAGGAUAAUUUGUGGGCGAAAAUUGCCGUCGCUGUAAGCAAAAGCCACGACCCUCUGAGACAAGGAGCUGACAUGCAGAAGGUUGCAGGUCUGUUUGGUGGUCAAAUACUGGGCGCAAUUGUGCGGUCAUCUAUCUUCAAACUCAAUGCCGUUGCUGCAGCCGCGAAUGGCGAAUAUAUCACUCAAUCAAAAUUAUUUGCAUCAAACAUUGCCUUGUCCGGCGCGAACAUUGGGGUCAAUCUCAAUUCACCAGCAGCUCAAGCAGACAUCACCGGCGACCUCAGCGCUAUCCUCGGCAGCUUCUUCAACUCGACCCGCGACGCUAUCAAAACUUAUGUCCAAACCAUCUUCGACGGCACAGACAAAUCUAUCGACGAAUUCAAUACUCAAAUCGGCUCCGGCGUCUGGGCGAAUCCUAACCUCUUCCCCGAACUCGCACAGCAAGAUCUGCAAACAAACAUCUCCACCAUAUACUACAUGGUCCUCGUAGUCCCAGCCUGGCAACUACGCCAGCUAAACCCUAUCAUCCUCUACGAAGACAAAGAAUGCGAUCCAUUUGACAAGAUCCUCCCCUUGUACAACGGAGACAUAAUGGACGCUAGAACGUGCUACGACGGUAAAACAUUCUACAUCGUUGACUACAACGGACACUACGACAUCAAAGAGACGACCGCAGGCGGUGUCGUUCUUUGGGACUUCCGCUACACAACUAAGGCCUUGAUUGGCAUCGAAACCCUGGAUGGCAAGACGUGGGGGGUGCUCCACCACGACACGCUGGUGCGGAGUUCCUGGGAUGGGUUCAAAGCCAAUAAUUUCAAGCAACCAUACACGGCAAAACCGCUGUUCUCAGAAGGCAACACGACAGACGAUCCUCUAUCUCCCUUCGGCUCGGGCUACGAGACUCCUGGUCUCGUCAACAUGACGGUGUGCAAGAUCACGGAUCUGUAUCGACCGGUGGUGUUCACGCCGCCGAAUGUUGACUUCAAAAGUUCUCCUUGCCCUGUGAUACCGUCUGGCUAUUCGUUUGAUGGGCCCGGUGGGCAGGAGACUGUCUCGUCUAAUGUUGUGACACAGACUCAGGAGCCUGAAUACUGCCUCCGCACGCUCGACGCCCUCGAUCGCCGCUGGCGCUCCAGUUCCCGCGAAAAUCGUAACAGAGAAUACGGCCGCUCGCUCACCGACACGGAAGGCACCGUGCACCUCCCUGUAACGUGGAAAUUGACGCCGACGAGCCACGGGCCGGAUCCGCCCGCGUGCGAGUUUGUGAUAGAUAAUGCACGCGGGAGGGAGGAGGAGAGUGAUUCGUUUCGGCUGCAGCAGGUCGCGUUGGCUGUGGUGGGGGUGUUGAGGGAUUGUUUUGGUGGUGGAGGGGGAGGGGGAGGUGGGGGGAGGACAGGCAGGGCGUAUCCGAGUUUGAGGGAGAAUGUUUUUGUCGAGGUUAGGUAUAGGAGGUUUGGCGAUGGGGUGGAGGAAGGGGUGGGGGUGGAUGGGGGGGACGAGGAAGGGGGAGCAGGGUUUGAGGUUGGGAAUUUUACGUUGGUUGAGGCGCCGGGAAGUGGUGAGGAUGUGGUGGCUGUUGGUAGUGAGGCGACGAGCUGA